UGGUGUUUUGGUUCGCGGUUUUGGGUUGAAAAUGCGAAAUUUCUGAACAUUUUUUAACUUUUCUUGUGAAUUUCCCUAAAGAUAAAGGUAAAGAUAAAAGCAAACUCAAGUGUUUUCAAACCCACGCCAUCGUUCCCCUCGGAACAGUAAGCCUUCACGGCCUAUAAACCGUGCAAAAUCCGUAGAUUCUCACUUCAGAAAAAGAAGACGAUACCGGAAUCAUGAACGACAGUUUUGGUGGUGGCUUCAAUACGACGACGGCCGGUGGUGCCGAGGCGGAAAGCAAAGCGGAGGGCGUCCUGCCGAUGGUGGUGCGCCAGAUAAAGGAAUCUCCGGACGCCGGAAUCUCGAUGUUCGGCAACCAGUACACGAUGAUCACGCUAGUUGCCAUCAUUCGGAGUGUCGAAUACUCCUCCACCAAUGUUACCUAUCAGCUGGAAGAUCACACCGGAAGAAUAAACGCGCACUUUUGGUUGGACGAGGGGAACGCCAACAGCACACCGAGCAUCGUACCUCGGUCGUACGCUCGAGUUGUGGGAUCCGUGCGAAACCAGGAAGGCACGAAGGUCAUCAUGAUUUUCAAAAUCGAUCAGGUUAACUCUCCGAACGACUACACGACACAUCUUCUGGAAGUGCUGCAUGCUCGGUACAAGUCGGAGGAACAAAACAAGCGCAAGGCGGACUCUCGCUUCGAUACGAACGCCAAUGCCACCUCGAACGGUGGUUUCAUGGAAUCCGAUCCGGACGGCGCUUCGCUCGGGCUGAGUGGCAAACGCUUGACUGUCUACAAGGCGAUCAAAAGUCACGUUUCGGACAUCGGAAUCAGCCGGAAGGAGCUGCAGAACAAGUUUGGCCACGUUAACAGCUCGGAGAUGGCUACCAUGCUGGACUACAUGAUAGCCGAGGGAAUCAUUUACUCCACGGUCGAUAGUGAUCAUUUCAUGUGCAUCGAGAACUGAAAUGUAUCAUAAUCGUUUCUACAUAUUCCACUCUAUCAAUAAAAACUUAAAUGUAAAUUUAAAUAUUAAUUCCAUUCC